GGAUGUCUACUGUUGAUCAAUCACGAGUAAAUUAUUAAUAAUUACCGAAAAUACUGACCGCUGAGCAAAUUGUAAGAAGAGUGAAACACCGAAAGUAAACGUCUUCGUUUAUUCAACAGUGGCAGUAAUAACCAAAGAAACACCGAGGAAGAAGAAGAGAGAGGAGGCCAGCAGUGGUGUUCCUGAACUAUGGACUGAGCAGGGGGGAGGUGACAGGUGACACACUCAUGCUCACCCUCAGGUGCAUUUUGACUACGCAGGUAAAACGUCUGGUUUGUCGUCCAGUCGGGAGGAUCAGCAUGCAGCACAGGAUGUCCACCUCGCCUCACCCGGUGGCUGCGGUCUGCCAGGUGACGGCCACCCCGGACAAGGAGGCCAACUUCUCCGCCUGUAAGCAGCUGGUGGAGGAGGCCAAGCAGGGGGGCGCCUGCAUGGUCUUCCUGCCUGAGGGCUUCGACUACAUCGGAUCCAGCAGGGAGGAGACGCUGUCGCUGUCUGAGAGCCUGGCGGGAGACACGAUCUCACGAUACUCCCAGCUGGCCAGGACAGAGGAUGUGUGGCUGUCUCUCGGAGGAUUUCAUGAACGAGGCCAUGACUGGGAGAAUGACCGGCGAAUCUACAACUGUCACAUCAUCAUGAAUGAUAAAGGUGACAUAGUAUCAGUCUACAGGAAGUCCCAUUUGUUCGACGUGGAGCUGCCAGGAAGGGGUGUGUUGCUCAAAGAAAGUGCCUUCACCAUCCCAGGACCCUCGCUCCUGCCGCCGGUCCAAACGCCCGUUGGCAAGGUGGGGUUGGGUAUCUGUUAUGACCUGAGAUUUCCUGAAUUAUCUCUGGCUCUGCAGAGGCACGGAGCGGAGAUCCUCACCUACCCAUCAGCCUUCACUGUGGCAACAGGAGCAGCUCACUGGGAGAUUCUACUCCGUGCGCGGGCCAUCGAGACGCAGUGCUUCGUCCUGGCGGCAGCUCAGGUGGGUCGGCACCACGAGAAGCGCUCGUCGUACGGCCACGCCCUGGCCGUGGACCCCUGGGGCGCGGUGCUGGGCGACUGCGGCGGGGAGAGCACGGGCGUGACCCUGGUGGAGAUCGACCUGGAGAAAGUCAGGGACACCCGGAGGAACAUGCCCGUCCAGCAGCACCGCAGGGACACCAGCUUCUACCGCAGCCUGGAGCAGAGCUGAGCACCAAACCAGUGCAAGAUUCAACAUACAGUCUAAGAGACAAAUUGAACAGGACUUUGUGAAUAGUAGUUGAUUAAAUUGGAUUCGGGUCGGGUUUUUAUUAGAUAUGUUGUGUAUCUUCCUCAAUAUCAUUACAAUAAGGGUUCGGCACAGUAUUUUAGCUGAUUUGGCACUACACAAGUUUUGUCCCUGGAAUCUGUUGGAACCAAUCUCCUUGUUUUGGGGGGUCGCAGCCCUGAGUGCUCCCUGUCACCACUGGGAUUUCACUUUCCACAUCUUCUCCGGUUCCUCUUUCAUGUUGCUGACACAGGGGAAUCAUCACAUCUAUGACCGCUGCUAUUUGUCCGCUCUGUGUUCGUUACCACAGUGUGCAGUUCUCUGGCCAGCUGUUGUUUGUCUGUCUGGCCCUGGAAGUCCCACAACAUCAUUUAUAUAUAUAUAUACUGUAUACGAUGAACUUUUCACUGUCAUUUCAGGCUUGUUAAAGUUUCAUCCCAGCUGAGGGUUCUUCAGGUGAUUGAAUUAUCUGAUGUAGUCCAGUCUGGAGGAGGAGGGACAGACAAACAGAUCAAGAAAAUAACAUAAUGGGACGGAAUGGAACGGAAAAGCAAGGAGAGAGACAGGAUACGUUCUCGUUAAGUCAGCCUGUCAUGAUCAAUACUGGUGAGGUUCAUAUUUUACAUGAAGUAGUUGCUCUGCUAACUGAAUCCAAGGGAAGCCUAGUGUUUGUGAAACAUGAGCAGCGUGUGGUGUUGUUUUUUGCUCUCAGCGAUUUAGGCAAACAUCAGCGAUUUCUGCUUCUGCUUUCCGAUUUCCUGUGGUCAAAGCUCACUCACGGUUGUGUUGAGCUCAAUCAAGACGAGGGCCUCAGACUGCUUCCAUGCAAGCUGUCCCAAGUGAGUAUAGCUCUGCGUAAACGAUGUGAUCCCCAUGAUGAUCAAUAGGUGGUACUGCUGGGUAGUAACACUGUCAGUAAACAGUAAAACAUUCCCUCUGCCAAUCACUGACAUGAAAUGAAUGUGUGAAACGAAAUCCAUAAUGUUUCAUGAUGAACUACAGUUGUUCUCAAGUCA